CGUCGCGCAGCCAACUUCUCGCCACGACUGACGACACAGCGCAGCGCAAAUUCAUCGCGAUUUGUCACCAUUUGUCAUUGCGUGACAUCGCCAACGGGCAAGGCUGUGACACACGUUUCUGCUGACGCUCUCGAGCGAGAAACGUUGUCGCGAUAUCUGAUCGUUGGCACGAAGUUGUAUCGACGCUGUACGAGGAACCGAUUCCACAAAGCGAGGAGCAGUCUUCGAAGCGGUCGGGCAAGCGCGUGACGUGCGUGACGUGCGUGGCGAAUUCUGCCAACUAUUUCCGGCAGCAUACGGCGCCUUUGGCCGUAAGAGGUGACGUUUGCUUCGCGGUUAGUUGCAAGUGCGUUGUGCUGCCAGAGGGAGACUAUAAUUUUCGCUGCGCGCUGUCUGUCAGCCCAACCCUCCUCGAACCGGUCACUCGGUUCGUAACUCGCAACUCGAGUCUACGUUUCUACGGUAACGUCUGCUCCUCUCCCUGUCGCGCGCGCGCGCGCGAACCAAACGCAAAAAUAUGGGCCUUACGAUCAGCAGUUUGCUCACUCGGCUCUUCGGCAAGAAGCAGAUGCGGAUACUGAUGGUGGGCCUGGACGCCGCCGGCAAGACCACCAUACUGUACAAGCUGAAACUCGGCGAGAUCGUCACCACCAUACCCACGAUCGGCUUCAACGUCGAGACGGUCGAAUACAGAAACAUUUGUUUCACCGUGUGGGACGUGGGUGGCCAAGACAAGAUCCGACCGCUCUGGAGGCACUACUUCCAAAACACUCAGGGUCUCAUCUACGUGGUGGACAGCAACGAUCGCGAGCGCAUCGGCGAGGCGGAACGCGAACUGGCCAACAUGCUGAAGGAGGACGAGUUGCGGGAUGCAGUGUUGCUGGUGUUCGCGAAUAAACAGGACCUACCCAAUGCCAUGUCCGCUGCCGAGCUCACCGACAAGCUGGGUCUCAAUUCGCUGCGGGGACGUCACUGGUACAUCCAGAGCACCUGCGCGACACAGGGACACGGAUUGUACGAGGGUCUGGACUGGCUCAGUAACGAAUUGGCCAAAUAGUGAUAGCGUCUUGCCGUGAUCCGGUACCCCGCGAGGACAGCUUAUUCGUCAUUCGGUAUGGACGUAGAACGACGCACGGAGGAGGCAGUAUUCAGCAGUUUAUACCAUUGUCAAAUUCUAUGUUGAUGUAACAUUGCAGUUGUAAUCAGGCUUGCGGAGAAAAUGUGCAGAGAAAAAGACGCUGAACGCUGAAAACCAAAUUCGAGCUCUCUAUCGAUUUUUUUUUCCUUUUUACCAACUCAAGUACGAUGAAAUUUCCACGUGAAACUUGUUGCAGAAGCAAAAACGUGAGGAGUAUUCUUGCACCACGUGUACGAUAUGGCCAAUCGUCCAUGAUGACGUGUAAAGCUUGUACAUUCUGCUGCCGAGUUCCUUUGUACACAUGCUCAUUAUCAUUUAAUUUUACCAUUACAAUUUUGCUUUUCAACACUUUCGAGUAAAGUCCCCGGUUCACCUAGGAUUACCACUCGUUUCCACGAUUUUCAACAAGCAUUUCUUCUUAUGUGAAAUUAUUACGUGGAAAUAGUUAUGUGAAACUUGAGAGAAGAUAUGGCUUUUCAUAUAUGUAUCUUUCUUUUCUUCUUUUUUUUUAUUUCGUCUACGUCCGUACUAUUGAUCAGAAAUGACGUACAAUACAUCAUGUGAUGUCAUGCAGGUCGUUUACACUUUCCUGUUUUUUGAAUAACAGAUAAAUGAAUUCGAGAUAAGUAACGUUAGUUUUUAAGGGCUACGUAUAAGUGUUUGAUUAACUUUAAUAUUGUCAGAGAAGGGAAAACUCAGCUGGGAUUUCCGAGUUAUGAUUCUUUUUUAAUAAGAGAUAGUCAUUUAAAUUGUGUGAGGAAUGUGUCUGAAAAUUGUCGCACAAUAAACUAAAGAUACAAAGGAAA